AUGUUUUUUUUUUCUUUUAUUAUUAUUUUUUUGCUUCUUUUUUACUCCAUGCGAAAUGUAUGCAUUUGCUUUGUGUGUGUGUGUGUGUGUGUGUGGAAUUAUGUGUGGUGCAUUUUGUUAAGACUUUUUUUUUGUUGGUGUUUUUUUAGUUUUUUUUUUUUUUUUAGCUGGGAGCUUUUGGUCAGUUCCAUUGGAUACUUGAGACGUAUGGCGUUUUCUAGUGGUCGUUCUUCCUCAACCGAUUCCUCUUCCUCCUCAUUGCUGUACCGUCUUGGGGAGGAAGGGGAGGCGGAGACCCUCGCCCCACAUUUUGAGCUCACAACGAUUAUGCACGAGCUGGAAGAGCCCAUUCUUUCCAUGGACUCCCAGUGCGAUGUCAUGGCAUUGCUGGGAGAGAAGGGUCGACUGGUGGUGCGAGACACGGUGCAGGACAUUAAACCUCUUACUGCGGCCAUUCGCAAUCCGUACCGGGUGUUUCUUGACCCCACGGGCUCACACACACUCGUCGCUGCUACGGAUGGAGAGAUGUAUUACUUUUCCUCGCGACAGCGCAAAGUGUCGGGCCAUUUUUUAUUGCAGCAUCGCGCUGGAGCACGGGAUGGAGCAAUGACGGUAACCUCGGCGCCACUUCUGACGACGAGCAACAACGUUGCCGAAUGUGUCUGCUGGCUGCCUGUUAAAAAAACGAAGGAACCAAAUCUUACGACAACGAAAGUGCAUUGUCUUGUAGGCACAAAACUUGGAGGUUUUGUUUUUGAGGUGAAAAUAGAUGUAGGUGGAGAUGGUGCUGUUAAGGCUUCAUGUCGGCAAUGUUUGCAACUACCCGCGGGUGAAUUUCAGAGCCCAUUGGCCUCCAUUCAAGUUGAGCGUGUAAAUAGUCUGUGGCUAAUUUUUUUCUCUACGGCCGCGCGAUUGUACCGUGCGGAGGGUGAAGCGUCUUGCCCGAUAGAUUUAAUUGAGAAGGUGGCAAAAGAGCCUGAGAUACUGCAUAUCCGUGAGUCCAGCGCUACCUCCGACGUAUCAGCGCGGGGCGCCGUUGUGUUGUACCAACCUGGUGUGGGCAUGCCGGCACAAUCCUACGCAUGGACCAGUACAUCGGGUAUUGUGCAUGGUUUGAUGAACCGUUCUAUCCAUCAUGAUCUUUCAAAGAGUGAGGCUGCCAUCUUCGGGUGGAGCGGUGCGACUGCGGUGGUGAACGAGCAACUUCUUGCACUGACAAAAGUAAAGCAACCUCCGCAUGAUGCAGGGGCUUUUUCUUCUUCCUCUUCAAGUAGUCAUGCGCUUCCACAGACAAAAAUGCCGAUGGAAUUGGCACUUACGGCGUUUCACAUGAUUCUGCUUUACAAUGACCGUCUUGUUGUGUUGAAUCACCCUGCAGGUCUCACAUGGCGAGGCUCGUCCUCAACGUUACACGGGGACUGCCCGUAUGCAUGUGAAAUAGAGGAACGCAUACGAUUUGACCCCUUUCGCGCCACGAGGAAACUUCCGGAGUUGCGUGGAAUCGUGCGAGACACGGCGGCACGCAAGAUUUACAUUUUUGGAAAAAAUAUUUUGUGGGAGCUUCAGGUGGAACAAGAACAUCGACAGCAGUGGUGGUUGUUUUUGUAUCGAGCAGUGAACCGCAAUGAGUCACUCCCAUUAAGAAAGCGUUUUUUCCAAGCCGCAUACAAUAUUAGCAAAUAUCGUGCGUCCAGCAAAAAUAUUGUUCAGUUACUUCGGGGUAAAUUUCUUCUUCAGAUUGGAGCCAUUCAAUACGCAACGGAUAUUUUGGCCGACUGCGAUCGCUUUGAAGACAUUUACGACCUUCUGGUCUCUCUAGGCAAUUACAAGGUAUUGCAACUCUACGUGGAGAAGCGAUACAAACUUUUGUCCAAAUAUGCUUUGGAUACACCUGUAAUGCAGACCCAACUGGCAUGUCUUUUUGCCCUUAUUUUGAUGCAACGGCUGAACGGCAUUACACGAAGUGAGGUGAGUGAGAAAACGAGUGUGGAAGCAACCGCGAGUCUAAAUACAUUCAUUGAACAGACUAUAAAAGAAAAACCCGCCUUGUUUAAAAGGCGUUCAUAUAAUGAUCUUAUCGCCCGCCUGUUGGAAGGACAAGGACAGCCCGAACUUGCUCUUUGCUUUGCAGAGAAGAUCAAAAAGGCCCACUAUCUCCUUACGUAUUAUGUUUCGCAUGGGAAUUACAUCCAGGCGGCCGAUGUUCUUUCAACGCUCGCACGGCGAACGGAGACACUUGAACUGUGGUACGAAUUUUCUCCUGUUCUCAUGAAAAAAUGCCCGAUUCGACUCACCACCGCCAUGCUGCGUGUCGGGACACGCGACUCACAGGGAGGGGCGUAUAUGCUGCUACAACUGGAACGACUCAUUCCGAUUUUUAUUCAGUACUCCCCAGAGAUGAACGAGGACCCAGGCAAUGGGGAACACCAAGUUAUCAUCUUCUUGGAACGCUGCAUCAACAAAUUUGACUGUGUGUCGACUGUUGUGCAUGAUUACUACUUGAGUCUUCUUGCGCAACAUGAUGGUGAGCGAUUGGAGGAAUUUCUUGAGUCGUCUCUUUUUUAUAGUGUUGAUUUUGCGUUGCGACGAUGUUUGGAGGCCCGCAGAUACCGGCAAUGUGUCGGACUUUAUCGUCGGUUACACCUCUAUGAAGAUGCCAUACGCACGGCUUUAGAAUGUUCUGAUCCGACACAUGGCACGGACGAGGAGUGGCCCGCCCUACGUGUUGCAAAAGAUGUCCUUCGAUCCCUUCCUAACAGUAUGGAAUCGUCAAAAGUAAAGAAACUUUGGCUUAUUGUGGCACAGUCUGUGUUAGAGAAGGGCAACGCCCGCAUGGCACUUAGUGUCGUGGAGGAUUCUGGCGGUGUACUGAAGCUUGAGGAUAUUCUUGGGGACAUUAGUGAUAGUUUGGUUGUACAAGAAUUUAAGGACUCCAUAUGUAAGAGUCUGGACGCCUAUACAUCCUCCAUUGCAGCGUUGCGGGAUCAACAACUCGAGGCAAGUCAAAUAUCCGAAAAUCUAAAGCAGGAAAUUGCCCAAUUACAGGAUCGGUUUGGAUACAUUACGGCUCGGCAACGAUGCAUGUUGUGUCACCGUCUCCUGUUACGAGGUUCUGCACCAUAUUUUAUUUAUCCCGAUUGCCAGCAUGCGGUACAUGAGGCCUGUGCCGUCUCAAAGCUGGAGGAAAUUGGCGGUCUGGAGGCUUUCCUUGCAGAUGAGGGUUUGCCAAGACAAUUUCUGGAGGGUGUGACUUCUACGAGUGACCUGGCACAAAUGGAAUGUGUUCUUUGCGGCGAGGCGUCUAUAAUUGAAAUUGACAUUCCCCUAUUUGUCGAGGACCACUCGUGGUCCGUGGAGUAG